CUUUGAUCGCUCGUUGCAGAAGUUACCGCGAUUUGACUUAUAUUUGUGUGCACAGGUGCGCAGUGAAAAUGGACAUUGACUAUCUGUAAACCAUGGUGUUCAAGCGUAUCGUCUUCCUUCGGUGGACUCUAUUUACUUGUUUGGUAAUAUAUCCGAGCAAUGGAUUGAACGGAAAUUUGGGAUUAAUAUACCGAAUUAAACAAGUGAGAGAUAUUCUGGUGGCAAACCAACCGGCCGAUUCGAAUGAAUCGAACGUGAGUGAUGACCUACUAGUCGUGGAGGAAAAUGUAAGAUCGGCUGAACAGAAACCAGGUCUCAAUUUCAGAACACCUCCUGUAUGGAAUAGGAACUUUUCGCACCCCGCACAUCGAAGUUUCCAGCCGCCAUAUUGGAGAAAUUCUGUACCACAAAUGGGUCAUUCUAAUAUACCGUACACAGCUUCGAUGCAACGAGCGCGUUCGCUUGAACCAUUCAACCCAUCUACCAAUACCUACCGUACUUUAAACCGGCCGCCGCCUGAAACGUCCCGUUGGAAUAAAACAUCGGAGACUGUUUUCGGAAGGCAGGAAGAAUUGUCAGCACACCCACAGAAACAACAGACAGACAGCGGGGACCAAGAGAACACCACCGUUGCUCCAUACGAAUCUGAACAGUCAGCGAAUUCAGGUGCUGAAGACUUUGUUGGACCAGAUGGUAGACUACGUAUGACCAUAUGCGAUCAUCCUAAUGGGUUUUUGCGUCGACAGAAGAAACUUUGUCGCCGGUAUCUACAUCUGAUGGAGAGUGUAGUUCAUGGUUAUUUUAUGGGCCUUCGUGAGUGUGAAUAUCAGUUCGCAUCACAUAGGUGGAAUUGUCAAGGACAUAACUUAACACUCCGGAUUCCACCGAAGGACAAACGCCGACUCAGGUUUCGCCAAUCACCUGCAGAACGAAAUCCUUCAAAGACCAACACGGUGAAGAUAAAAACAUAUCUAGACAAGCUUCUGUCUAAAGGUACUCGUGAAUCUGCUUACGUUUUGGCGGUCACAUCUGCCGGUGUUUCACAUGCCGUGACGAAAGCAUGCAGCAGCGGAGCGCAUGACAAUUGCGGGUGCGACCGCACCAUCUAUGAUCAUCCAAAAGAGCCGAACUUUGAGUGGUCCGGUUGCUCAGAUAACAUCCAUUUUGGGGCCGCAUUUUCUCGACAAUUCCUGGACGUCCGAGAGCGAGGUCGCCUGAAGAGAAAACCAAAGUUGGGCAUGACUAACCUGCAUAACAAUCACGUUGGAAGGCAGACAGUGAUCAACAAAAUGCUGGUCCAGUGCAAAUGUCACGGAGUCAGUGGAUCGUGUGAAAUGCGUACAUGUUGGCGAACGUUGCCAAACUUUCGUGAAUUAGGUAAUCAUUUACAAGAACGGUUUCACAAGGCGAUUCUGGUGGACUACGUCAAUCAGCAACUAGUUCCAGUUCCAAACCCGGCGGACCAAUCACAGUCUCUGCUUUCUCAACAGGUUUCUGUCCGCUUCAAGCGCAGUCCAAGGUCACCAUCGGGUGUUUAUACGUCCGAAAAGCUACCGACGUUGACAGAGAAUGAUUUACUCUAUAUCAAUCCAUCACCAAAUUUUUGCCAUCAUGAUCCUGGUUUUGGGAGCAUUGGGACAUACGGACGUCGUUGUGAGGAGGGAGGGACAGGUUUGAAUAGUUGUGAGUAUCUAUGUUGUGGGCGUGGUUUCAAAAGAGAAACCUUCGUGCAAGAAGAACGUUGUAACUGCAAAUUCCAAUGGUGUUGCAACGUGACGUGCCAGACGUGUCGCAAAACAGUGGUUGUUUCAAAGUGUAACUAACGCAGGAGACUUUGUCUUCCGUUCGCCAUACUGGGGCAUUCGUGAAUGUUUAAGGUUAAGCGCAGUUUUCUGAUUAUACAAGCUUGCUGAUUGCCCAUUUAUUGUACAAAAUAUUUCGUUUCUCCAUCGUGUCGUUGUCUUCUAAUCAGACCGUUUUGAGACUGAAGUUCAAAAUUAUUGGAUUAUUCGCCUAGGUCCCCGCAACUUUUACAUGGUUCUAUACUGACCUAUUGACGAUAUCACCUUUGG